CUGCAAAUUGAAAAAUUAGUUUUAAGAAAGAAUAUUUUCAGCUUUCUCCCGGAAUCGCCUCGUUGGCUUGUUUCCGCAAAUAAAUGGGAAGAAGCUAAGGUGCAACUUAAAAGAAUUGCCAGAAUAAACGGCAAUCCAGACGUGAACGUAGAUGAAUUAGUGGAUUUGCUAAAAACUAAUCAGCAUCAGAUCGUAGAAGAAGGGAAAAGAAGCCAUAAUGUUACCGAUCUGUUUAGAACACCGAACUUGAGGAAGAAGACGUUAUUGGUCACUUAUAUCUGGGUAAUGAAUGCAAUCAUUUACAAUGGUCUUACGCUCAAUGUGUCCAAUCUUCCCGUGGAUGACUAUUGGUCCUUCAUUAUCAAUGGAGCAGUAGAGCUACCCUCCUACUUUAUUGUUUGGCCAUUAUUACAGUACAUUGGAAGAAGGUGGACACUUGCCUCAACCAUGAUAGUAUGCGGUAUCGGCUGCGUUUCUGCCAUGUUCAUGUCCUCAGAUUACCCUUGGCUUGUAGCCUCUGCUUCUUUUAUUGGUAAAUUUGGCGUUGGCGCUGGAUUUGCAGUGAUUUACAUCUUUGCUGGGGAACUCUACCCUACAGUUGUACGAGCUAUUGGCAUGGGUAUGAGCAGCAUGGUUGCUGGAUCAGGUCUCUUACUCGCUCCACAUAUUGUCAGAUUGGGUGACUACAUAAAAAUCCUACCUCUCCUAAUCAUGGGUUUUAUGGCGCUUUCCGCAGGAGUUUGCACAUUUUUCUUACCAGAGACACUAGGAGCACCACUUCCAAUGACAAUUGAGGACGCUGAAAACUUUGGUUAG